AUGAAACGUUCAAAAAUCAAAGACAACGAUGUAGAAAACGCUUCAGAAGAUGAUGAUGCAGAAAAUGUUUUGGAAGACGAUAACGCAGAAAAAGUUACUCCUUUCGAUUUGAUUCAUAAUAACGAUCAAUGCUACGUUUCUGAACAUGAUAUAGAAGAAUAUAUUGAUGAUUCAUACAGGUCAUUACUUGACAUUGUAGAUGAAGAAGUUUCGAUGAAUAAUGAUAUAUUGGAAGGAGAGUCUUCUAACUUCAAAGGUUUCAAUGGUGAAUAUGCAACAUCUGCUUAUAAAGAUUUCAUCAAGAUUCUUACAUAUUCUGAGUAUCGAAAAGAGAAUCGAAUACCGUUUACUUAUGCAUCUACAAAACAAGCAUUUACAAUUUCUCUAUUAAUAUAUCUGGAGCACAUUUUAAACAAUCCAAUACUUAUGCCAAAAAUGUACUUUGGUCCCAGAAUAGUUGCAGAUGAAAAACGAGAAUUCUGGCAUGGUGAACUCUG